CAGGGAGGAGGCGGGACUAACAUUCUGUUCUAUAACAGUUGUCCUUCGUUGCGAAGUGUUGGAUUUCACGCCGUCUAACUCAUCGUACAGCUCGUGAAAAUCCGGCCAUCUUUGCAAAAUCGAGGAAGGUCGGACUUAAUCCUUUGUUUAUAUCACCGGUCAGACAGACGGGCCGGUCAAGAAUGGCUGCACUGCGUCGUCUGAGACAAUGCGCCUCCACCGGCGUGGGCGUCUCUCAUCUCCACACCAGCAGCUGUGCCCUGGCCAAGCAGCACUACAAAAUGCUCGUGCUUGGAGGAGGAACUGGAGGCAUUGCAAUGAGUGCAAGAAUGAAGAGGAUGCUGGGAGCUGAGAAUGUGGCGGUUGUGGAGUCCAACGAGAUGCACUACUAUCAACCAAUUUGGACACUGGUUGGCGCCGGGGCAAAAACUCUAACCUCAUCAGGUCGCUCCACAGCGAGUGUUAUGCCCUCUGGUGUGAAGUGGGUGAAAUCGAAAGUUCAGGAAAUAAACCCAGACACCAAUACUGUCCGCACAGACGAUGGGAAUGAAAUCUCCUAUGAGUAUUUGAUCGUGGCUCUUGGUUUACAAAUCCACUUUGAGAAGAUCAAAGGACUGCCUGAAGGAUUUGAACAUCCAAAGAUUGGGUCGAACUACUCAAUCGAAACUGUGCAGAAAACGUGGAAAGCGUUGCAGGACUUCAAAGAGGGCAACGCCGUUUUUUCUUUUCCAAAUACUCUCGUAAAAUGUGCUGGUGCGCCACAAAAGAUUAUGUACCUAACAGAUGCUUAUCUCAGAAAGACUGGGAAAAGGGACAAGGCCAAAGUCAUAUACAACACCUCACUACCUGUGAUCUUUGGGAUCAAGAAAUAUGCAGAUGUAUUGUGGGAGAUUGUGAAACAACGGGACCUACAAGUCAACCUGAGGCAAAACCUGAUUGAAGUGCGGGCAGAUAAGCGAGAAGCUGUGUUUGAAAAUCUUGACAAACCAGGCGAAACCAAAGUGCUCGAGUAUGAAAUGCUUCAUGUCACACCACCGAUGGGACCCAAUUUGGUAGUUAAAGGCAGUCGACUGGCAGAUGAGGUUGGCUGGUUGGAUGUGAACAAAGACCACCUGCAACAUAACCGCUAUCCAAACGUGUUUGGAAUCGGAGACUGCACCAACCUGCCCACCUCCAAAACCGGUGCUGCGGUCGCUGCACAGACUGCUAUUCUCAACAGAACCAUAAGCAAAGUACUGAAAAAUGAGAAGCCAGAUCGGAAAUAUGAUGGCUACACCUCAUGCCCCUUGGUUACAAGCUACAACACAGUGGUGCUGGCAGAGUUUGACUACAACGGACAACCACUGGAAACUUUUCCCAUCAACCAAGCAAAAGAGAGGCGACUUAUGUACUACAUGAAAGCUGACGUCAUGCCUCACCUUUAUUGGCAUGGGCUUCUUCGGGGACUGUGGGGUGGACCAGGACCAUACAGGAAACUCCUACAUCUUGGAAUGAAAUGAAUGAGUUUCUAAACGUUUCAUUUUCUGUGUAGCCCAAAAUCAUGUGUUUUUACAAUCUGUAUACAACAUCCUCUGUUCUAGUACCUGGAUCAGAACUGGAAAGGUUCUCCCACCCUAAAUAUAUAUAUAUAUAUAUAUAUAUUUAGAAGAAGAGAGGGUAAAAAAACACUCUUUCUAAAAGGGAGGAAAGAAACCUUUAUAGUUGAUGGCAAUGCAGAAAUUGUCACGUGUGCAGUGCAAAGUGAUCAAGUAACGCAUUUAGUAUUUAGCAGAAUUGUGAUGCAUUUGUGUUGACAACAAAGCAUUAAGCUCAGCCAAGUUAGCCUUAUAUAUUUUUUUUAUGAUUGUUGACUAAUCAUUAAAUCAUGUGUUGACAGUCAUUAAUUACAGUAGUGGCACUAUACUACUGUGAUAACUUUUUCUACAAAACCAUUUCAUGUCAGCCAUUGCCUUUGGAAAUAAUUGACCAUUACCAUGGAAAUGACAAAAAAUAAUAAUAAAUGCUGUUCUUAAAUUUAAAUAUCCAUGCUUGAAUAGUUCUGUGCAUACUGAUUAUUUUUCUACCCGUGAUUAACAGAGUUAUGGACUGGUGACACAGUCUAUUAUCAUGUUGUUUGACAGAAGAGAGGAAUGUGCAGGUCCUUCUUCUGUUAAUGUUCUCUGUAUGCGUUAUCAUAAAUUGAUGAAAUCAUUAAA